CAGACGAAGAGCGUUCAUUUCGGUUCGGUGUUUAUCCAAACUACGUUGUUUUACUGGUUAUCAUAUUUAUUAUGCAUUAAAACUGAUCUGCAGUUUUUCUGGCAUUGCAAAAUAAAAUAACGAAUAUGCACUGUUAAAAUUCAAAGGAUUCAGCAGUCAAGGACCCAGGCGCCGAUGGGUGGAGAUUGUGACAAGUGCAGAUAGAGAGAUCAUAAUAUUUGCCCAUUCCGAGGAAAUGGACGAUCUGCUGAUCUCUCACAGUUAAUGGAUCUGUGUGUGAUUUCAAGCCUAAUCGCACCAUGGAUCAGAUGACUCUGAUCUCUCCCACUUUAGGUUACUCACAAUCUGAAGAGGGAGGUAAUGUGCAAGUGUCCAAAAGCCAAUUGUCCAGUUCAGAGGACAGAAAAAAGUCUGACUUUGAGUUGCAUUUGGAGGAUCUGAAGGGCAAACAGAAGCAGCAGCUGGAGAUUUUAGAGCUUCAGCACCAGGAUGGCCUGGCCAAGAGGGUUCUGCAAAACUCCCUGCUCUCCGCAAGCACUGAGUGGAUACUGAAAACCAGUUUACUCCAGGACAGCAUCAGUGAUGGGCCAAACUGUGAGAAUCGCAAACACCGCAGAGGGAUUCGUCAGAAUUUGACCUCAAAUGGAAUCAAGACUACAAGUACUGUAACCAAUUCUAUGAAAAUAGUGAGCGAGAAUCAAAGGAGGCCUCUUCCCGUAGAGACACAGAAAGCCAAAGAGGAGGCAGACCUGGUUGAGUGUGAAAAACAGUUCCGUGUCGCCCCAGUCACUGAGCAUGUCUCUAAGUCUCUCUAUAAAGAUCUCAUCCAGGAUCAAGAGCGUUUGAGGCAAGAACGUCAUGAUCAGAGGAGAGAUUUCCUCUUGGCCAUGCAGAAGCCCUUCAGAUUCCACAAGAGGGAGGAGAAGAAGCAAGAGAGGAGGAAGGAGGAGAUGGCUUCUGCAAAUACAAGUGAAAAAACAGAACUUGUUUGUGUGAGGAAGCCAAUACCAAAAGCUGUCUCAAACCCCAGGUUCUCGGAACAAAUGAAAGAACAGGAGCAGCAGAGGAAGAUUCGCAUUCAGCUGAGGGCUCAGGAGACUUUGAAAUCGUCCUCAGCACCCAUUCAAACACAGGAAUCUAGUGCAGAGAGCCAGAGCCGCAGUGCUCAGAAGACCAAAAGCAAGAUGCUGGGUUAUUUGGACCAGAUGCCAUCCUUCAGACCAAAGACUAACACAGCAGUGCCUGACUUUGACAAACUAUACCAAGCCUUUCAACAAAAGGCUAUGGAGAAAGCAGAGAGGAAAGACAUCACUCACUGUAAACCAUUCCGGCUACACACAUCUACACUACAGCCACGCCCUAGGAGUCCAGAAAACUUGGACACUACAAAGAAGAUGAAUUUAAAAAGAAGCUCUUCGUUUGGUGGCUUGACAUCACUGUCUAUGGAUACUCUUCCAACCUACAUAACAGAUGCUGCCAGAAGAAGAUCAAUGGCCAUUAGGAGAUCUCUGGAGCUAAAGGACCUUAAAGAGCAGGAUAAUGCAGAGUGGAUGAGACAACACCGAAUUAAGUCGCAAGCUACAAGCAAGGCCGUGGCAAUGCGAGCCAAAGCUAUGGACCCCCAUAAAAGCUUAAAGGAGGUCUACCAGGAGAAACUCAAACAGCACCGGCAAGCUGAUCUAGAGAGGAUGAAAGAUUAUCAAAAAGAGCUAAAGGACAUAAGAACUCGAGUGACAGCUCGUCCGUACCUCUUUGAACAGGUUUCCCAGAAAAAUGCCAAGGUUAAUGCCGAACGCAAAUACAGAGACACUUUGGAACAAGCAGGUUUGGAUGAAAACUUUGUGCAGUCAAAAGGAGAAACCGAUAAAAGCAUCCAUGGAUCAAACAGUGUGGAUGGUGACUCUGCGAAUGAGGAUCAUUGCAUCACAAAGAGUAAAACCCAGCAAAGUCUUAUUUUCAGUUCAGGAAGUGGGGACGACAGUGUUGAAAAUGAGGAGGACAAAGAGGAGACCAAAAAGGAAGACGUAUGCUGACAGAACAUGUGUUUUGGUGGUCCAUAUUUAAUCUGUACACAGAGACCAUUGUGGUUGGACCUUUUGUUUUCAUCUUUUCAGUGUUUAAUACAUUAUGUGUUGUGUGUGUUUUUUCAACUUGAUCAAUGGUGCUUGGUAAGGCACUUUUUUGUGUUUUAAAGAGGAUUGCAACAAAAAAGAUAUAGUUUAAAUAAUGUAAUUUUAACAAAUUGUACUGGUGAAUCGACUUUGGUCUUUAUAACUGCUAAAUUGUAUUGGAUAAUGACUUUACAAUAUAAAGAGGAUUACAAAUGUUCAAGAAAUUCCAUCUGGGCGUCAUAACAUUUUUAUUAAAAAGAAAUUUAAAAGCAACUUUAAUUUUAAGAUUGAAAAUAUGUUGGGGGGCUACGGAUCCAACCGAAAAAGAGAAAACCUAAACACUUGGCAACCAGAGGAACAAUAUAUUUGCUUGAGUUCUACUUACUGCACAUUAAAUAAUCUUGUAAACCACAUAAACAGCACUUGGGUCUGCUGUUGGGCUCCCUCAAAGUUUGCAGACGAUAAAUCGGGGAAGCCUUGCCCUGGCACGAGCACACCUUCUACCUAGAGUUUGUCAAAGAAGGUUCUGAACGACUGCUGUAAUUAUAAACUAUAACUCACAGAGGCGAGCUUUAUUCACAAAAUUGUAUUUGAAUAAAUACACAAAUUACAUUCGGUGACAACUCCCCUUAGCCCAAGACCCAUAUGAAAUUCUCAUUCUGAAGUCUGGUCUAUUUUGAGGGCCAGUGGUCAUUUCUCUGCUGUUGGAAAAAGAGCUUGCGUUAGUGCAUUAUAACCAGUCCUUGGCCACAUCAAGAGACUUUAACUCCAACUGGCCAGUGAACAUUUCAUCUUCCCUAUAGUUGCAUUUUCUGUGAUCUCCUGUUUGUAAAGAAUUGGAGGAAUUCAUCUUUCUGUGAACUGAUGGAAAGUUCCAGCGUUUUUAGUUAUUUUAGAGCGUUUCGAAGGCAUAAUUUGUACUUUUGCUUAAACAUGACAAUCUUCAGCUGGAACAUAAUUACUUUAUAUGAGCCGUGUAGCAUCCAGUGCCCUUUAAGGCUUAAAUCCCACUUUUGAGUGAAAUAUGAUUUCCAGUGUUGUACAUUUGAGGAUUAGUUUGCUUAUUCUGUGGUUGAAGGACUGGCGACAAAAAGCCUUGUGCUCAUAGGCUGAAAUAUAACCUAGACAAUGAUUCACCCUGAGGCAAGUGCGGGCUCCUAUGAAAAUCACUGGUCAGUUUUAAACUUAUUUUAUUUUGGAUAUACUUCAUUGAGUACUUUGAGUACAAAAAAGUUUGAGUGCAACUUAAGAAUAAGGCUGUGUACUUUGCUGGUGAUUGGAAAGUCUGGGGGUCAAGGUUUGACUGGAUAGCUGCAACAGUUAGCAAAUGUUGGCAGAGUAACUACACGAUUAUGUGUGCAAAAAAAAUGUUUUUCAUUCAUUGCUAUUCAUUAGGGUCCAGGUAUUGUGACAUAUUUGCCAUGUUAUUAUAGUACAGGAGAUCUUCCUCUCAUUCUAAAUCAUUUUUAAACUAAAAAAGGCAAACACAGACCCCACAACCUCUUCUCUUACACAUUGGGCUUCUGAGAAUAUAACUGUAAAAGGUAUGCCAUCUUUGGUCAACAUACUACUAUUUGCCACACACAUUGGGAUGUCUGAAACUUUUUUGUUAUGUAUCUGUGCAUAUUUCUUUUAAAGUCAAUAAAGUUGACUUGUGUGUCCAUCUGAUUCUGGCACAUAUUGAAACUGCCACAUCAAGUCAUUUAUGAAGCACUGAACCCGAUGUUCGAGUGACAGCCCCUAUCUUGAGCUUUGAGUGCAAGAUAACUGAAAGUUCAAGUGCUCUUGCGAAGUCACCAUGGCAACUGUGCUCUCCUCUCCUGUCACACUAACAUCAAGUGCUCUGGGUCUACAGCUUCACAACUGAGUGUCCUUGAUAACACGACAGAUAGAGUUCUGAAUCAUGUGGGACAUCAUGGGUAACUCCCGUUCCGGAAUAUAGGAUCCCUCUCUAUAGGAAAACCUUCCAUUUUUCAUUUUGUGCAUAACUAAUUUUUAGUUAUGAUGUAGAUAUGAAUCAGUAAGCACUUCAAUAUUUCAAAAAAUCUCUUAAAAUAAACAAACAAAAUAAAAUAAUUUAUUCACCUAAUUUUGUUUAUAACCUGUUUAUUACUUUUUUUAAUUUUACUGUGGAACUUAAAGGUAGAUAUGUUCAAAUUGAGAUGUUAUAAUCCAAUUAUUAUCAUAGAUUCAUUCUGGUAUUUGGAAUCUUGAAAUCUUGAAAAACACUACAACUUUUUCUAAAAUCAACAAAAUAUUAAGCUACAAAAUACAAAGUUUUUUUUGACAUCUAAAAUGUUGGUUUUAAUUAAUGGAAUCAGAUUGUAAAACCAUUUUGUUUUUUUAUGAAAGUCUUCUAAUGUAAGUGAGCUCACUAAAACGUCCCUUUCACACACAGUGUCAAACAUUUUCUUUAUCAGUUAAUUAAUGUAAUUAAUAAAAUAAUUCAUGUAAUUUUAUAGAUAUUCUUUUUAUAUUAACAAUGCCCUCCCAAGGUCUUUAGCUAUUAUUCUGUUGAAGACCAGACUGUCACCUGUAGGAGGAGCUAUGGAUCAUAACAUGUGCUAUUACUAGGAGAACUGGAAACCGUUCCCUUUAGUCUCUGUUUACCUUCCAUAUAAGCACAGGAAUAUCACCGGGAUAAAAGCAUUCAGUACUAUUAGAGUGUGAUUAAAUGAGAAAAAAGACAAGAUACUGACAAUCAUCUGCAAUUUCAAAAUGUUUCAUACAUAUUUCAUUUUGUAAACACAUCAAGCAGCAUUUAUGAGGUUACAUCCAGCAGAGAGGGGAGAGGGAGAAGAUAGAGGGAGAGACAGAGAAAGUGAGUGAGUGACUGAGUGAGUGCUUUUAUGCGUGAGAGAGAGAGCGGGGGGAGCAAAGAAGAAAAGAGAGAGAGAGAGAGAGAGAGAGAGAGAGAGAGAGAGAGAGAGAGAGAGAGAGAGAGAGCAAACACAAGGAUAGCAGGCUUGACAUAUACAUAUUCGCAGUGAACAAACACAAAUCCUAAUGCCAGAGAGAGACGAAGCCACUGAGAGAAGAAGGUCACCUCUAGAACACUGACGGAACGUUCACAGGUGGGUCAAACGUGAAGACCGAAACUCAGUGGAAGUCUGGACAUGGGAAUUCAGGAGGUCCUGCUUUGAAUUGACGUACACACAAUUUGAUGCCACAUCACUGAAAGUC